AAGCAACCCCAAAAGAAUUAGAAGGGUUAUUUUAUUUUCUUCCCAAGAGGACUGCUAAGAAGAGGUCAAAGGGGAAUUAGGUGAAAGAGAGAAAACGGUAGUCCUCUGAGAAGACAAGAGUAGGAAAGGGGAAACAGUGAAAAAAGAGACAGAUGUUGGUGUAGUGAGAAAAAAGUUGAAUAUUUUUAAGGAGUCAUUUUGGUGGCCAUGGAUACAAGUUGCUUUUCUGAGAGCAUUUAUAACCUCAUACCUAUUGACUGGAAGGAGCCUCCCCAGCCUCCGAGGUACAUAUCCAUUUUUAAGACAUCUGUAAAAGAUAACAUGCAAAAACAUAAAACUGCAAUGAAGACUAUGGGACCACCAAAAGUUGCAGUGCCUUCUCCAAAGGAUUUCCUGAAGAAACAUUCAAAGGAAAAACCUCUACCACCCAAAAAAAAGUUUGAUCGGAAUGAGCCCAAAAAGCCUCCUGUGCCACUGAGGACUGACCAUCCAGUCAUGGGAAUACAGAGCGACAAAAAUUUUAUAAAUACAAAUGCAGCCGACGUCAUUAUGGGCGUGGCUAGAAAGCCUAAACCAAUUUAUGUUGACAAAAGAACUGGAGACAAGCAUGAUCUUGAAACCUCAGGACUAGUUCCAAAAUACAUCAAUAAAAAGGAUUAUGGCGUCACACCUGAAUAUAUAUGUAAGCGAAAUGAGGAAGUAAAGAAAGCCCAAGAAGAAUAUGAUAAUUAUAUCCAGGAAAACCUUAGGAAAGCAGCAAUGAAAAGGCUCUCUGAUGAAGAAAGGAAGGCGGUUCUGCAGGGGCUGAAGAAGAACUGGGAAGAGGUACAUACGGAGUUCCAGUCCCUCUCGGUGUUCAUCGACUCCAUCCCAAAGAGGAUCCGCAAGCAGAAGCUGGAGGAAGAGAUGAAGCAACUGGAACAUGAUAUCAGCGUCAUCGAAAAGCACAAGAUUAUUUAUAUUGCCAAUAAGGAAUAAUGGAGUUUUAAAAAUAUAUAUAUAGUCAUUUUCACAUAGGGAAAAAAAUGAAACUUUGCUUUUCAAAGAGGAAAAUACUGUGAAGAGAAUAAAAAUAGUCUUUACCAAAAUGCCGAGGCAAUGAUUAAAGGGUAUUCAAAUUAUUCUACUUAGGUGAGAGAAUUUUUUUUUUUUUUUUAACCAGCGUUAGGUUUUCCCCAUAGACACGGAAGUUUGAUGUGGCGUGUUCCAAUCUGUAAGGUGAUCCAUUAUUUUUAUGUACUUGUUUCACACAAAGAUUAAUUUCUGGAUGCUAAAGAAUAUUGUCAGCACUCGGAACUUAAGAUUUUUUCUAUACUGCAUGAUACAAAGAGCACAGCAUUAAAGACUGUGAAGUAUUUUGAAUGGGACAUAGCGGCGUAUGCUUUCUUCCUACUCCAGUGGGAAGACUGCUACACGUUCAACAGCAUACGGUCUCUCACAGUCUAUGUCAUUUGCAGCUCUUCCCAAAUACCGUCAGUGUCCAUGAUGCUAGCUAUGCCGAAGGGCUCGUAUUGGGAGGAAGAAAAAUGAGGAAGGCAACCUAAAAUCAAGAAGACAACUUAGAAAAUGCAUCACUGAGGAAAAUCAAAGAGAACAGCCUUCUUCCAGGCAUAGCAACUUUUAAAAACUUUGCUAUUCAAUAUGCUUUAUUCCAUAAUUCACUACGGGUGUUUCACUAAAAUGGAAUGUUCCUUUUUCUUUUUUGUUCUCCUGUAUCUAUUUGGUGAAUUCUGAAGUUUCCUUUUGUAUGAUUAAUUUAUUAAGCAAUAAGUUUAUGUGAGUAGAGCUGUCUUCAACUCAAAAUAAGCAUCUAAGGAAAGUCUAAAAGGAAAAGAUUCCUGUGUGAAAUUUUAAAUUAGAGAAAUUCAGUAGAACAUGAAAUACAAAAUAUCAGAGCAAUAACAUCUGCUGCUUACACUGAUUUUUAUCUCAGGGACAAUAGAAAAAAAUGGCAUUUUUUUUUUUAGCUUUUUCACAAACAGAA